AUGUCAGGCUGGGGAGCAGAAGUACUGCCCGGCUUUUCAACAGACAAGACAGCACUGAACUACCACUACGAUGCCGAACAAGUCCGAAUCGAGCCUUGGGGCCCAAACGCUCUUCGAGUCCGCGCCUCUCGAUUGCCGGGCAAGAACAAGUUUCCAGACGAAGACUGGGCCCUGAGCAUACCUCCUCCCAAAACAGAGCCACAGAUCGACUUACACACCGAUCAUGCCACCAUAACGAAUGGUUCGAUCAAAGCCAACAUCAGUCUCUACGGCAAGAUCACCAUCGCGAACACAGAAACUGGCAAAGUCCUGCUUGAAGAGUACGCGCGCCACCGCCGCGACAAAGCAGAUCCGAAAUGCAGUGCUCUAGAUGUUGAAGCAAGAGACUUUAACCCGACACGAGGCGGAGACUACCAUCUGACGAUGCGGUUCGAGUCUCUGGACCCGGACGAAAAGGUCUGUGGAAUGGGUCAGUACCAGCAGGGCCUUCUCAAUCUGAAGGGACAGGAUCUCGAGCUCGCCCAGCGCAACUCGCAAGCCAGCGUACCUUUUAUGGUGUCGAGCUUGGGAUACGGUCUGCUUUGGAACCAGCCUGCGGUCGGCAGAGCCGUGUUUGGGUUGAACACUAUGUCCUUUGAAGCAUACCAGACGCAGCAUCUGGAUUAUUGGAUUGUUGCGGGCGACACUCCCGCGAGCAUUGUCCGGGCUUACGGUAGUGUGACCGGAACCGUUCCCAUGAUGCCUGAGUACGGCAUCGGAUAUUGGCAGAGCAAGUGUAGGUACAUGACGCAGGAGGAAGUGCUCAAAGUCGCCAAAGAGUACCACGAGCGCCAACUACCUAUUGACGUACUAGUCAUCGACUUCUUCCACUGGAAGAAACAGGGCGACUUCAACUUCGAUACCAGGCUGUGGCCAGAUCCCGCCGAGCUUGUGAAGCGAUGCGACGAGAUGGGCAUCAAGCUCAUGGUCUCGAUCUGGCCUACCAUGCAGCAAGACAACGAGCACUAUCCGAAAGCGCUCCAAGCUGGGUAUCUGGUUCAGCAGCAUAAGGGUCUCCGGACAUUGAUGGAUUUCCGAGCAAACUGUGGGCUGGUUGACUUUACAAACCCUGAAGCUCGCGAGUUCGUUUGGGACAUUUGUAAGAAGAACUACUACGACCACGGCUUCCAGAGUUUCUGGCUCGAUGAGGCCGAGCCGGAGAUGAGUGUGUAUGACUUCGACAACAUCCGCUUCUGGAACGGCAACCAGCUCAGUGUGGGUAAUGCGUAUCCGCGAGACUUCCUCCGGACCUUCUAUGAGGGAAUGACAAACGCUGGUCAAGAGAAAGUUGUAAACUUAAUCAGAUGCGCAUGGGCGGGUAGUCAGAAGUACGGCGCUCUCGUCUGGUCCGGAGAUACGGCGAGCUCGUUCAAGAGCUUCCGGGACCAGGUGGCUGCUGGCUUGAAUAUGGGCAUGGCAGGCGGCUUCCACGGCGGCGAUGGAACUUCACCAGCAUUCCAUGAACUUCUCGGACGAUGGUUCUUCUUCGGCGCUUUCUCUCCCAUCUUCCGCAUGCACGGGGACCGUGAGCAUGGCACCGAGGGCUCGACAGUCGGCUCAGUCCAGGGCAGCGGUGGGGACAACGAAGUCUGGUCCUUCGGUCCGCAAGUUUAUGACAUCUGCGUCAAGUAUCUGAAGCUUCGCGAGCUGCUGAGAGACUAUAUCCGGGGUUUGAUGAAGGAAGCGCAUGAGAACGGCAGUCCCAUCAUACGUCCAAUGUUUUAUGAAUUUCCGCAGGAUGAGCGAUGCUGGCAGCGGUCGUGCGAAGACCAGUACAUGUUUGGGGACAGAUAUCUGGUCGCGCCGGUGAUGACUGAGGGAGCGGCUGGCCGGAGUGUGUAUCUUCCUGGGGGUUCCAAGUGGCAGAGAGUUGAUGAGACAACGGGCAACGGCCACGGAGAGUCGUUGGAUGGCGGCCAGCGGAUCGAGGUUCAUGCGCCUUGGACAGAGAGCAACCCUCUGUUUGUUCGAGAGCAAUGA